CUUCAGUUACUCGUCAAGAUGCUUGCAGUGUUGGUGUUGUUGAGUGUGUUGGGGGCAGCGCUCCCCCUCCUGCCACCUCCUGCCUCACAAGCACUCCUCAAGAAGUACGCCUUCAUCAAGAUCAUGUCAAGUUGCUUAGGAGAGGAGUCAGUGGAGCAAUGGAUGGAGCAAUUCAGGUCGGCCUGUCAACGGUGCUACGCCUCCCCGACUGCUGACAUCUCACCCGACUUCCAAGAUAUCCUGGAUGAGCUGAGACUGCAGUCUUACCGACGUCCAGUGUACGUACCUAUCCCUGUCUACCAGCCCCUGCAGCAGCCCCAGCAAGGAGCACCCCAGAGUGGUCAGCUGCCCCAGCAAGGCCAAUCCGCACAAUACAACCCAUUCCAGAGUUCAGGAGCUUCCAGAUCCCGUCGUGAGGCUGGGUUGUCUCCCGAGCACCUCAAGAACCUCAAGACUCUUAUCAUUGCUAAGAUCAGCAACAUUACCUGCGUCCUCAGGGAGCUCAAGCUGUUGGCCUCCAACAACCUGCCCAACUACUCUUACAUAGGAAAGGAGUUGUUAAGCCUCCCCGUGGAGGACGGCCUCAAGGCUGACCUCGGAGAGGCACUGCAAGAGUGCCGUGACCUCUCACUGUGUCUCCCCGUCCACAAAGACAAGCAUCCCAUCAACAAGGAGCUGGGCACUGUUUCUCUCCUUCCUCAAGUGUAUGGCCGGGAAGAAGCAUCCUCCUUUCGUCUUGUGUUCUAUCUUGGUCAAGGUACACUCUCCAGUAGUCUGGUGGCUGUCUGCAUGAAGGCUGACCCCCAAAAGCACGCUGAGAAGACAGGCUGGGCGGUGAGGACAGCAUUACCUCUUCCUGGCCUCCUCUGGCCUCAUCAGUGGCCGCGAACACGACCCACUCUCUCUCAUGGAGGACAUCGGUGA